AUGAACACCGCUGCAAACCCCCGACAUCAUAGCGGAAACAACCCUCCCCUACGGUUGCCCGCAACCUUGUCCGCCUUUAGAACCUUGCCACGGCUAUACAAAAUGGUCUCUGACUACACCACAGCACCUUGCUGCCUUACAACAGGAAGAGCCCUACUCGCACUUUCAGUAGCGAAAGAUAUCAAGGAAUACGCCUUGUGUUUUGAGAACUGCUCAGGGCUAUUGUCUACACGAGCGCCGUCAUGGCUUGGUUUACAGAAGCACGAACUCAACUGUGGCGCAUCGGCGGGCCCAGUCCAGUGA